ACACAUGGACUGCAACAUGUGCUUCUUCAAGGAUACACCCCCAUCCUCCAACUGAAUGAGGUAGGCAAUAAGGCACGCGCUGCAAUCGCCUUGUCACCAAGCCAGGGAUUAUGCUACUACCCGGGAAGCUCCACGGAGGGUAUAAGCCUCUUUGCCGAUUGCUGCAAGCCUGCGGUCACUGCAAGUCUCACGCUCAGCUAUCAACGGCCAGUGCCCCCAGACGCGGAGCUAUUCCUAGAAGCCUGGCCAACAAAGGUCAAUGGUCGGAAGAUUGAGAUGGAGGGUUCAAUCAGGAUACUGGACAGAGACACCCGCGAUAUGACCACAGUGGUCACAGCCUCUGCGCUAUUUAUUAGCCCUCGGAAGUAG